UGUAAUUAUUUUGGCUGGUAUAAUAAGUAUCUUUAACAAUAGGAUCUUUUUGCAUAGGAUUUUGCAAUCCUGUCGCUUGGUGGGACGACGAGUGUAAUAAACUCAAGAGACUUCGCAAAGCUGCUUAUAAGAAGUGGGAAUACUCCGGACUAACAGCUAACCAUCAAAACUACAUCAAAGCAGAUACUACUCUUCGGAAAACUUUCAAAAAAAAAAGAAGAAAACCUGCUAUCGCCAAUUUGCUGAAACCAUUAAUUUCAGGAAGAAUCCGACUUAUGUACGGAGCAAAACUAAAAUAUUCAAAAACAAAUGGGUUGAGACACCGGCUCCAAAUCACGAUAAAGCUCUUUUUAAAUCUCAAGCUGACCUUGUUUUGGAAAAAAUUGCUCCGUAUCACAAUGAAGAUAACACCAUCAAUCCUGAACCGGAACUUCCCAAUAUCAAGGAUUCGUUUUUUGACCAUCCUUUUGACUUCUAUGAAUUCAACACUGCACUCCAUAUACAACGACAUAUACAACCAAAUGCACUUGUGCCAAGAGUAUCCCCAUCAGUGGCAGGAUACCUACGUCCAUUUUAUAAAGAAGCCUGAUGGAUCUGGUCUCAGGCCUAUUGCAAUGACGUCCUGUUUAGGCAAGAUUUACGAGCUUAUGGUUAAAAACAGGCUCCAAUGGUACUGUGAGCAUAAUCAAAUCCUGCCUCCUUCUAAUUCUGGUUUUAGAAAAGGAAGGUCAUGCAAUGACAACCUAACUAACUUAGCUCUCUAUAUUGAAGACGGUUUUGCGAAGGGAAAGAGCACACUGGCUGCUUUCCUGGAUGUUCAAGGGGCAUUUGACUGUGUAAAUCCAGUGAUGCUACUCAAAAGACUAAAUGAAAUAGGAUGCUCAGAUUCGAUUCUUUGUUCGAAGUUUGUUCAAAACCUGACGUUUCGACGCUCCAUUUAUACUGAGUUCAACAUGAAACAACCACGUUUUGCAUAUAGAGGUGUACCUCAGGGAGGAGUCUUAAGCCCGCUCCUCUACCUGAUUUAUGUUGCCUGUAUCACUGAUGGGCUCUCUAAGUUUGUUCAAGUUUCACAAUUCGCCGAUGAUAUAGCUCUCUAUACUAACGUUUUGCCUUUUGCUAAAAGCCAAAGUCUAUUAGAAAGGGGAGUUGAGACGACCCGUGCCAACCUUCUGAGCUUAGGACUGGUCUUAAGUUUCAAGAAGACAAAAUUGGUACACUUUAACAAGGAAAAUAUUGAACCUGGGAACACCUCAAUCACUCUCAAUGGGCAUAAAAUAGAUUCUGUAGAAUCCACUAGAUUUUUGGGUAUCAUUUUUGACUUCCAAUUGACAUUUAAGCAACAGGUCAAAGCAGCUCAACUAAGUGUCAAAAAGCCCAUAGGAUACUAAAGUAUAUUUGUGGAACGUGGUGGGGAGCUCAUCCCGAAACGCUUCAGAUUUUGUAUAAGAGUUAUGUUCGAGCUACUAUUGAUUAUGGAGUCUUUAUUUGCUAUCCCAAAACAAAAGAGCUUGCACAAACCAUUGAAAAGAUUCAAUACGCUGCCUUAAGGACCGUUAUGGGAUAUCGGUUCUCCACGCCUAAAAAUGUCAUUCUUGCAGAGACUAAAGUAACGUCUAUCAAAGACCGAGCACUCUACUUGGGCUGCAACUAUAUCACCAAAGCUCUUUCUAAUGAAAGCAACCCAGCCUGCAAAAAGAUCAAACAGUUCUACAUUAAUCACAAGAAAAGUAAACUCAAAAAAAGGAGAGUUCUUGCAGUCUGUAUAAAUAAAGUGUUAACAGUAACCAACAAGAUCUUAUACACUAGCCAAUACAAUGAAGUCUACCUUAGUAGGUAUAAAGCAAUAUAUCAUCAGCCUAGUAUCAAUCUAGGCCUGGGUAAGAUGCUAAACAAAUGUCAUAAUCCCAAUCUCGUUCUAGAUCUCUUCUACUUCGACGAUACUCUGGUGAAGUUAUUUACAGAUGGUAGCAAAAUGGGAGAUUCCCUCUCCGUAGGUUCGGCCUCCGUAACUGAGGACCUUGACUUUAUCCACUCUAGAAGCUUAGACCCACACUCCUCAAUUUUUACAGCUGAAGCCAUGGCUAUAAAUACCACUCUUGAAUAUGUUGCUGAAUCAAGAAGUUCAAGACACAUCAUUUUUUCUGAUUCCCUAAGUGUUCUCCAGGCCCUGCAAAAUAAAAGCGCAGGCUGUCUAAAUCAUCCUCUGAUAGUCAAGGCUAAGAGACUGUUACUUGAAAUCUCAGAAAACAGUAUUAUUGAGAAUCCUUUGCAACUGGUAUGGAUACCUGCACAUAAGGAAAUUUUUGGUAACGAACUUGCUGAUCUAUAUGCCAAAAAAGCCACAAAGUCACCUCCAGAAAAUUGUACAGUUCCUUACUCAGACUUCAAACCAUACUGGAAAGAAUUAGCUUAUGAGAACACUGUAAAUUAUAACCUGGAAAUAGAAGCCACCAAAGGAAAACAGUAUUUCGAAAAUUUUUACACCAAUACCAAACAUCCAUGGUUCAGAAACAAGAAUCUUUCAAAAAAAGCCAUUGUCACCAUUAACCGAUUGAGAGCUGAUCAUUACAGUUCUGCCUCAUCUUUAGCACGAAAGAACAUAGUGGAAUCUCCAGCGUGUGAAUGUGUCCACAACUUUCAGGAUGCAGAUCACCUUCUAUGGGAUUGCCCACGGUAUGUGGAACAGCGUGUUGCAAUGGUUAAUAGUUUCAAAAAAAAAACAAAAUUUCAGUGAAACCCGAAGUGAAGUACAUACUGCAAAAUUUAAACUCCAAAGUGAUUGAAACCAUUAUUAAGUUCUUAGACGAUUGUAAUAUAAAUUUAUAAAUUUCUCUAUCUCUGAUCAUACUAUGUAUAUAAUGUAUGUAUACUUUCUAUUUUGUAAUAUUUAUUUUUUUUCUCUUUUCUUCUUCUUUUUGUAUACGUCCGUGUAGACCUCUAUAGGUCUGGGUACGCCUAAAUAAUAAAAAAAAGAGGUUUCCAAAUUCAUUAUGUUGUAUUCUAAACUUUCAGAGUAUUAUCCAACGAAUUGGUUUAGUAGAAGAAGAUAUGGUUAUCGAUCAACUCGAUGCCCUUGACAGUGUAGAUGAAGAAGACUUUACAGAAAAAGAAAUCAAUCAAUUUUGUGAAGGCGUAGAGGCUGCUUGUGAUGCGCAACCUGCAGUGCUCGACAACCAGCUACUAAAAGCUAACCUGGCUGUGAAUUCCACAUAGAGAGCUUCAGUGCUCAAUAGAAAGCAAUUAAACGCUACUCUGUCUGCAAAUCCCAUAAAGUUGCAGCGCUUAACAAAAAGCAAGUGAACGCUACUCUGUCUGCAAAUCUAAAGAAGAAAUCUGCAGUGCUCAAGAAAAAGCAAGUGAAUGCUGGUCAGCCAGCAAAUCCUGUUCAGAAAGUUGCUGUGUCCAACAAUGAGCAAGCAAAUGCUGCCCAGCCAGCAAAUCCUGUUCAGAAAGUUGCUGUGUCCAACAAUGAGCAAGCAAAUGCUGUCCAGCCAGCAAAUACCGUUCAGGAUGUUGCAGUGAACAAUGAAGAGCAAGUGAACGCUACUCUGUCUGCAAAUUUAAAGCAGAAAGCUGCAGUGCUCAAGGAAAAGCAAGUGAAUGCUGCCCAGCCAGAAAAUCCUGUUCAGGAAGUUGCUGUGCCCAACGAGGAGCAAGCGAACGCUCCACCGCCAGCUCAGCUUAUUCAAGAAAUUGCUGAGCCAAACCUAAACGCAGCUGUAAAUAAUCAGGAUUAUAUUAGCACAGUGAGUACGCUUAAUUGUUUUUAUUCAAUGCUUAUCCUGCUUGAAUAAUUUCUGUCAUAAAUAAAAAAAAAAUUUGGUUUAUAUACAAAUACACAAUACUGGAAAAGAAAUUUUGAAAACAUACCGUUUAAGUUUACAAAAAAAAAAAAUUCCAUUAAAACAUACUAUUAGAUCCAAAAGUGUAAGAUUGGUAAUUGAGCGAGAAAAAUUACACUUCACACCAUAUCACUCCUGAGGACUGUUUAGAUAAAUUUGUGUAAGUACUUACGAAAUUAAAUGUAAAACAACAUUAUAAAUUUAUACCUUAUCCUCUGUAAUCACACAACGAAGGUUUGGAAUUUUGGCCAAUGAAAUUGCACACCUUUUUAAAGGGGAAAACGUUUCAACUUAUUAUACACCAUACGUCCAGGAAGGAAAACAUAUAAUUUUAGCCAGUGGCAAACUCUGGAAUCAUUUCAACAAAAAAUUGUUUGAGAGAAGCUCAACUGUUAAAAUGGAUGUCCUAUGAUAAACAACAGGCUGUUCUCAAUGAAGAUGAAGCUGCACUAAUUGAUGAAAAUGAGCACGUAGCGUGGCUCUCAAACCACUGAGAUCCGUGGGAGGAGGUCAUCAAUCAUUGGAAAAGUAGUAUGAAUGUACGGAGAAUACUUCUGCUGGAGACCGAUAUAACUGUAUAUGAUUAUAUUCAAAAAUUCAAUUGUCGUCAAAUUCAAUCUGGAAAAGAAUUGUUUGACAUUGAUUUCAAGGCACUAUAACCUCAAAACCGAAUAAUUGAUGCAAAACAAUGGGAGAAAAUAAGAACUUACUUAAUUUCAUACUUAGAUGCAACAUCAAAUGUGUAGAUGAUGAAGCUUUUCUUGAACUCUUGAAGUCUCGCGAUCUAAGUUCAGGUCAGAAUCAAGGGGCGCGACAACGCCACGAUGGCAAGUAUAAGUACUAACAGUACGUACGCGUCUUCGGGCGCUGCAGGGCGUCCCUUAUAUACUUUGAUUUUACUACUUCUGGAACUCGUGUUCGUUCAUUAAAGUAGUUUUUCAACCUUAUAUGAGGCUUAGAAGGACUUAUACGAAAGAUGUUUAUCUUAUCUUUCACAUAAAAGAAGAUUUAUAAUCCAUCAUUAUGUCUACAAUGAGUUAUAAAUAAAUGAAAUUAGCGAACUCAUUUUUCGCUUCGCCUGCUGCGGUCUUCCUCUCCCGAUAUUUUUCAGCCUUCCGGUCACAUGACUUCCGCUCAUACAGUAAAGCUAGGUAUAUUAUAUACUACACACUGUAGUACGUAGUCAGAGAACGAGAGGAGAAAACGGAGGUCGUCUGCUCUUAAAAUUUGUUUAAAUAAACUAAGAUUUUAAUUUAGCAGAAAAAUUAUAAUAUUUGGUGAAUAAUCUGCCAGUGAAAAAGUUAGUGCUUUUACCAAGAUCAAAAUUACCAUUUGAGUGCGAAUUGCUUCAUGGAGAUUUGUUGGUUAUGCAUAAUUUUGCACUGUCAGUGAUGAUAAUAUAAGCAGAAUUUUUUUACAUUACAAAAAUUUUGUAUCUUAAAUCCAACAACAACGGUAGCAGACUGCUCGGCAUUAAGUUUUAGUGCAACAAUUCCAUCAUUUUUUUUUCAGCAGUCAAUAAAAAAUGAUGAUGGUGUAUGGUUUAGAGGCAUCGUCUCAUCGUGACUGACUUCUUCUCUUAGAUGAGGUGGU